AAAAUGAGAAAAUUCAGAAUUUGAUGUAAAAGUGCACUCACUUACACAGAGCAAUGAAAAACAUAACAAAAGGAUUGGAAUAGUUGAGAAGUUCCCAUAUUAGGGUUUGUGUUCUGUUUUCUUCUUCUGCACAAAACCACAUGCCCGGAAGGGGGAAAAACCACAACAAUGGAUGAAGGCGAGGGAGGGUACGGUGAGAGCGGCGAUCCCAUGGAUCAGUUUCACCGUAACGAAGCUAUAUCCGCAGUCGCGGACGAUGGUUUCAUGGCAGAGGAAGAUGAUGAUUAUGAAGAUCUUUACAACGAUGUCAACGUCGGAGAAGGGUUCCUUCAGUCUUUGCGCAAAAAUGAGGAUUCGGGCUUCCGAAACGAUGAUGUCGAGGAGAAGAAGCCUCCGCCGCCCCCGCCGCCCCCGCCAGUUCCUGAUGCUCCCGUGGUUUCGAUUUCGGGUGUUGGUGACGGGGGAGAGGGUGUCGGAGGUGGCGGAAGUGGGAUUGUAGAGUCUAGGGUUUCGGGGAGAGUUGAUGGAUUUCAGAAUCAAGGGUUUAGAGGGAACGAGGUGGGUGCCAAAGGUGGGAUCAGGGUUGAAUUGGGGCACCAAUCUGUGAAAUCUGAUAUUGAGGAACAGGGUGGUAAUGACGGGGCUGUACUUCCAGGGAUUGAGCAGCAGUCACAUGGCGGGGUUGUUGGGAGUGUGGGAAAUGAGGGUUUAGCGAGACAAGGUCAAGGUGGGGGAGGAGGGGGUAGUGCUAAUAGGGUUGGUGGAAAUGGUGUUGGGAACAGUGUGGGCGCUGUUAAUAGUGUUAGUACCGCAGGAGUUGGUGGUGGUGGUGGUGGUGGCGGUGGUAGUGGUGCUUCCGGUGGUACUAUAUUGUUUGUUGGUGAUUUGCAUUGGUGGACUACUGAUGCUGAGCUGGAAACUGAGCUUAGUAAGUAUGGAUCCGUUAAGGAGGUGAAGUUUUUCGAUGAGAAGGCUAGUGGGAAGUCGAAGGGGUAUUGCCAAGUUGAGUUUUUUGACCCUUCUGCUGCCACAAAUUGCAAGGAGGGAAUGAAUGGUCAUGUUUUUAAUGGGAGACCAUGUGUUGUUGCGUUUGCAUCACCUUUUACAGUUAAGAAAAUGGGGGAGGCUCAGAUAAACAGAAAUCAGCAGAUGAACCCAUCUGCAGUUACACAACAGGGAAGAAGGGGACCUUCUGAUUCAGGGGCUAAGCCUGGUGGGGGUAAUAUUUCUACAGGUGGUAAUUACCAAGGAGGAGAUGGGAAUAGAGGUUAUGGGAGAGGAGGUAAUUGGGGAAGAGGGAACAAUCCUGGUAUGGGGAAUAGGGGGCCUGUGAAUCCAAUGAGGAAUAGGGGUGGUGGGAUGGGUGGUAGAGGUAUAAUGGGUCACGGUGGAAAUGGUUUUGGACAGGGUAUUGGUGGUACCCCUCCCCUGUUGCAUCCUCAGUCAAUGAUGAGUCAGGGUUUUGAUCCUGCUUUUGGUGGUCCUAUGGGUAGAAUGGGUAGCUAUGGAGGCUUUCCUGGUGCUCCAACGCCUCCAUUUUCUGGGAUCUUACCAUCAUUCCCUGGUGUUGGAGGUGUUGGUUUGCCUGGAGUAGCACCUCAUGUUAAUCCUGCAUUCUUUGGAAGGGGGAUGCCAGUUAAUGGUAUGGGGAUGAUGCCUACAUCUGGCAUGGAUGGUCCUAAUAUGGGGAUGUGGUCGGAUCCAAAUAUGGGUGGAUGGGGUGGGGAAGAGCCUGGUGGUGGGAAGGCUGGAGAGUCAAGUUAUGGGGAGGAAGCUGCAUCUGACCAUCAGUAUGGUGAAGUGAGUCAUGAUAGAGCUGGAUGGCCUAUGAGGGAGAAAGAUAGAGGUUCAGAACGAGACUGGUCUGGUUCUUCUGAGAGAAGGUAUAGGGAUGAUAGAGAUCAAGGAUAUGAGAGAGAUGCACCUAGAGAGAAAGAUACGGGCCAUGAUCCUGAGUGGUCUGAAAGAAGGCAUCGUGAUGAUAGAGAAACUGGCCGAGAACGGUCUCGUGAUCGUGACCGUGAACGAUCGCGUGACCGUGAAAGGGAUCAUCGUGAACGUGACAGACACCGGGAAGAUAGGGACCGGUAUGCAGAUCAUCAUAGGUAUAGAGAUCGGGAAGCAGAGCAUGAUGAUGAGUGGGAUAGGGGACGAUCAUCUAGGACUCACAGCAAGUCGCGGUUAUCACAAGAGGAGGAGCACCAUUCAAGGCCAAGAGAUGCUGAUUAUGGGAAGAGGCGAAGGCUUACUUCUGAAUAACUUAUAUACUCUGCUUGUUAUUUCGUCGAAGGCAUUCCACUGAAGAAGAAAACAAGUAAUUGAAUAGUCUGGAUUUUGUCAUUUGCUUGAAUUCUCUGGAGCCUGGAAGUUGUUGAAUAGCUGUUUUAUUUCAAUCACUUGUUCUAAUUGCUCCUUGUUAGGAGCAGGGUUUCUUUCUUCUGUGAAAAAGGACAACUGUUUUGAGAAAGAAAUGUGUUCAUUCAAAGUCUGGGCUGUAUCAGGCGGCUUCAAUGUUGAAGAUUCAAGUCAUGACUUUUUCCUACAUUCAGAAGGGAAACUUUUGCUAUGAAGUAUUAGCUUUUGAUUUGAAUUUGUUUCAGUUAUUAGCACAUGAUUACUUAAACCAUCGAUGUUGAUGUAAUGGGAUUAUCUUCCUGAAGUCUGAAAUGUGGCAGAUUAUUUAGAACUUAUUGUUUGAAAUGUGUACUUUAGGAUUUAGCAGAGGAUGUUGAUAAUGUGCCCUUUCUUAUUGGCUGGCUGUUGUAUCAUUCUUUUUUUAUCCUUUUGGCUGGCUGUUGUAUUUUCUCUCCCACUUCCUUUUUGUUGUUUUCUCCCACACUUUUUAGCAUAGCUGUGUAGAAUACAAAUAUUGUGUAUGAUGUAGAGAGCUAACCAUUUGAUUACUGUAAUCAUUCAAAGCUGGAGAAUUGUACAUGCUUUGGUGUAUAUAUUGAUAUUAACUUCAAUGAUAAA